CUGCCUCCUAGUACAAUUCCAGGGGAUAUCCCAAAGAGUUUAAGGCCACGACUCUGGAGAUACAGGCCCUUUGUCCAGGUGGACUAUGCUAAACACAGUGACCCCUGCCUAUGCUGAAUCAGGUUCAAAUCCAGCUGCUGUGAACAAGGCUGGAACUAUCUAUAACUCAAAUUCCAUUAGUCACCAAAACUCACAGGGGAGGGACAUAGAAUCCCUAUUCUUUUCUCAUCCUGUACUUGAGUCCAGGGGAACUAGUUCAAGGUCAGCUUCCACUCUGAUGCCAGGAGUAUGGGAUAGCCAAUAUUCUAUGGGUAACAUAGGCACAGAGGCCAGCCAUUAACUGUGCAAUCUCAUACCGUGGUAUUUAUGCAGCACAAACAAAUGGGUGUAUUGUGCACACUGUCACCCUCAAUGGAAAGCAGUCUUUGAGGCCAAGGAUAGUGUCAUUUUCCUCUUUGCAUCUAUAGAUUAAAGCACUGAAUAUUUGUGGAUUUGUUUGAUAAGGAGACACGAGGCUCAGGAAAACAGGCCAAGGAAACAGAGGUUGGACCUCAGAUAUGUGUCCCAUGAAGUGAUCUCUCUUAGAACCUGACACCUAGCUUUCUAAGCUCUUAGACUUGGAUUUAAUCAUCUAGGAGGUCUCUUGCAGCUCUAAUAAUAAUAACUAACAUCUAUAUAAUGCUUACUUUGAAUCAGUCUCUCUGCCAAGUGCUUUACAAACAUCUCAUUCCAUCCUCGCAACAACCUUUGGAGAGGUAGGUGCUCUUAUAACCCCCGUUUUUAUGAUGAAGAACCUGAGGCAGUCAGGGUCAAGUGACUUGCCCAGAGUACCAGAACUAAAAUGUCUGAGGCUAAUUUUGAACUCAGGUCUUUCUGACUCUAAGUCCAGUUCUCUGUCCACUGUACUACCUAACUAUUGGAUCAUAGGUAGAUUUAUUUUCUUCUGUUCUCUCCUAACCAUAGUCUCUCCACUCAUGGCUGUUUUCUCUCCCUACAGGUUAUAAACAUCAAAUGAGCUUCCCUUGCUUCAGAAACAUAUCAUGGAACUCUUACUACAAGACCUUCACACUCAGCUUCACUAUUACCAACAUGUUUUACACAACAAAGAUGAAUCAAAAGGACUCCAGAACAUUCGAGGCUGCUGAGCAUAUCCUGCAAAUCUUGCUCAAGGUAUUGUUUGGAAGCAGCAGGCUUGCCUCUCAGUAUUCUGGAUGCAGUGCCCUUUCACUGAGGUCUCUGAGGAACAGGAUAGCAACCGGAGUGGAUAUACUCUGCACUUUCAAGAAGUACUCCUCCAACCAUGUCCUGGACAAAAAGGUGGUUUACUGGGAGCUGACUGAACAGCUCUGUACAAGAAAGCUAAAACACCUGGUUAUAGACAAUGAUAGCCUCAUUGUCAAUGGGUAUCAACAUAAGCUGCCAGGAAUCAGAUCGACAAAGAGAAGUGAGGUUGGUGUAGGAGCUGUCACCCAUAUCCCCGACCAUGGAGCACCAGGAGACAUCAAGACAUCACUGACUAGUGGCCUCCUGAUUCGUGAAUCCAUUGUAUAUUCUAUAGGAUUCCCUACUGAGACUUCAGGGACACUGAAGAAAGUGAGUGGAUCUCACCAGGGAAGAGAACCAACAGACUCCACCAGUAUCCCUAUGACUGGCUUUAAGGGGAGAGAUUCCAUUACAGACAUUGAAAGAGACAUAUGUGUCAUGGAGACAACUCUAAGAGCCACAGCCUCAAGUGCCACAGAAACCACACCAAAUCCUGAUUUGUCAGUGAGACCUAUCACACUAGAGCCAGGCUCAGCUGCCCUAACUUCCACUGCUCCCACCAUCAUUCCAACACUGUCUGAGGAAGACAUAAACACCUCACUGGUGUCUAUAGAAGGACCAACAGAAGAUAAAACAGCGUCCAGCACCUUCCCAGCAAAUGCAGACACCCCUGGUAUCACUCACAGGGAGCACUUCUUCACAGGUCCUGGAGUAACUUUUCAACCUGACAUGGCCUCUACUUCUCUGCCCAAUUUAUGUGAAGGGAUCAGUUAUUCCAGAAAUAUCCCCUCACCCUCUUUAGAAAGUAGGAAAAGCACUGCCAUGAUUGGAGUCUGGACAAGCCCAGCUGUACCUCACACUGUGGAGCCUAAGAAGCCCACCCCUGCUGAGGGUUCCCUCUGUAUUGGACCAGUGACUGAAUUUAGCAGCAGGGAAAGUGGACAUUUAAAGAAUAGCUUGGCCUCUGCUGUGACCUUUAACUCUCCACUACCAAGCCCCAUUGCUUCUAGCAGCAUGGAUGUAGACUCAGAAAUGGCGUCAGGAUUAUCUCUCUGGACAGACAGCUCCUCAUCACAAGUAGAAGUCAGUUUUCCUGAUCUGGUUUCCACCACAGGAGAUGGACCUUCCCUGGGAACAGAACCUCACAAUCCCAUCCAUGAAUCUCUGAGCCCAGGGCCAGGCUCCUUUCCUGCCUUAAGUACUCCCACAGCCUGCACAAGCACAGCUUCCCUUGACACUGCUACUUCAUUGGAGGACCCAGGGCCAGCCAGCCUGACUCCAGAGACUGAGAGAAACCCACAGGCAACACCAACUCCAGUUAUCACCCUGCCUCCAGCCAACACACAGGAAGUUUGCACAACAGCAUCUCCCAGUCCUUCUGACACAACCACAGAGGGCAACAGUGUCAAGGCAGGCACAGCCUCUGUUUCUGAUCAAGUGCCUUCCACUUCCUGCCUCUUCCCAAGCUUCCUCAUCUACAUAUAA